AUGCUGGCGAAUGAGUAUUGCAGGAGUGAAUACGACUACUGUGUCUACUACAAGAUGUUUUCAAGUGGGAUAUACAUCUACUUACUCUUAUACGUGGAUGAUAUCUUAAUUGCUUCAGUAGACAAAGGUGAAGUUCAUAAACUCAAGGCGCUUCUCAAGUCAGAAUUUGAGAUGAAGGAUUUGGGGGAUUCUAAGAAAGUUCUUGGCAUGGAGAUUGUCAAGGAUAGAGUAAAAGGAGGCUUAUGGAUUUCACAGGAGAGUUACUUGAUGAAAGUUCUAUCAAAUUUUGGGAUGGAACAAGCUAAAGAGGUUUCUACACCAAUGGAAGCUCAUUUCAAGCUACAGUCAGCUACAGAUUCAGAGUUGCUAAGUCAUGCAGACUACAUGGAGAAUGUCCCUUAUCAAAGUGCAGUUGGGAGCAUUAUGUACUCAAUGGUGGGCACUAGACCAGACAUGGCAUAUUCAAGGAUCAGUUACAGGAACAGAGGUGACUUUGUGGUUCGAGGCUACUGUGAUUCAGACUACGCAGGCGAUCAGGACCAACGUCGAUCAAUCACAGGUAUGGUUUUCACUGCAGGUGGGAACACAAUCAGCUGGAGAUCUACUUUACAGAAGAUUGUAGCAUUGUCAUCUACAGAAGUUGAGUAUGUCUCGUUAUCAGAGGCAGUAAAGGAAGGUGUUUGGUUAAAGAGGUUUGCAGAAGAAUUGGGUUUUAGUCAGGAAUCUGUUGAGAUUCAUUGCGACUCUCAGAGUGCUAUUGCGUUGUCAAAGAACGCCGUACAUCACGAGAGGACCAAGCAUGUGACCGUGAAGUAUCACUUCAUCAGAGAUUUGAUCAGUUGUGGAGAAGUCAAGGUUCUGAAGAUUCCAACAGCAUAUAAUCCUGCAGACAUCUUUACCAAAGUGUUGUCAGUUUUCAAGUUGAGAGAAGCAUUGAAGAUGCUUCGCGUUUCAAAAGAUUGA